UAGAGCAGUCGAGAUUGGAAAUUAUAAUGGCCGGAGUAGUAAAGAAAUUUUUCGUUGCAUCAUUGUUUAUGUGGGUGGCUCCAAUCACAAUUUUAUAUGGUUUUAACCAUCAAAUGUUUCCUGGUUCAACUCAAUUAUCGUCCUAUUCACAAACAUUGCUUAGUGGAUUCCUUGCUGUCAUAUCCGUCAAUAUGGUCAUAGCAUUCUACAUUUGCAUGGCAAUGAAAGAGCCUUCAGAUAGACAUGAACCAGACUCUGCUUUCCUUGCAGAGGCCAAAGCCAGUAUUAGCAGCCAAUCUACUCCAUGUGAAAGUGAAGAUGCUUCCCAAGCUCGAGAAAAACAAGAAUAGGAAGUGUUAAGAAUCUUCCUUUAUCCAACUAACCAGCCAAGUUCAAGAGCUCUUUCAAAUCAAUUUAUUGGAAGGCAUUGAUCUACAAACUAUGCAAAACGGAUCAGGUAAAUGGGUACCAUAUUUAACUUGGUUCACUAGUUUGGUCCCUAUGCUUCACAUUUCACUUU